UAGUUCCCAAGCUGUCGCUCAAUAAUAAGUUUUGUGUCCUAAUUGAUCGCUUAAGAACCUUGUCAAAUAAUCGGUGGUCGAAUUAGUCUAAGAUACACAUAUCUCACCACUACAAAUCAACUUGUAUCAUAGACUAGAUCCCAAACAUCUCAAAUCAGACUGAAGCAACUUUCACCCCAUUGAUGGGUAUAUUUUCUAGGGCAUAAGAGAAAAUUAAAAAUAAUUAGAUAGUAAUUAAUUAUACAAUUGAAAGUUGCUUCUAUUAUUUUCUGAUACUGAAUGUGACACAUGAAAUGGAAUAACUCAAAUGCAAAAGUAUAUUUCAAUUUGAAAAAGCAUAUUUCAAUUUCAAAUUAUAUUAUUACAAAUUUAAAUGCUGAUCUGGUAAUUUACUUGAAUAAAAAAAAUACUAAAAGCAAAGGAAAGGAAAACAUCCACAUCUUCGCUAUUCGGCUGCUCUAUUUCUCUCUAUACGCCGCCCCGCUCUGCGCCGCCAUAUUCCCUCUCGCCGCCGGCACAAUCUCGUUAGAUCAUGACAAGGAGCCACAACUUGUGCAUCAGAUCCCACUAUGAGACCAUUGGUGUGAAGGAAGAUGCAACCCAAGAAGAAAUCCGCAAAACUUAUCGAUCUGCCAUUAUCGCUUUCCAUCCAGAUAAACUCGUGGGUUCCCUAGGGGAUGAGUUUAUUGAGUUGCAGAGGGCGUGGAGAGUGCUCUGUGAUCCAGGGUUACGGGCCCUCUACGACCAUGAAUUGAGAACGUUGAGACAGGAAGCUCUAGCUGCAGAAGACGUGCGCUUAGGAGAUAUGGUGGUUGUCGAAGACGAGGAAGAAGAAGAAGAUGAAGAUGAAGAUGGAGACAGCUUCGAACUGUCAUAUCAAUGCAGGUGUGGUGAUUUCUUCUCUAUUAUGUCUUGUGAAUUGGAUGAAAUGGGAUUUCGGGUUCAAAGAAUUGGAGGUGAUGUUUCGCUGCAUUCCCCUUCGUCUUCGUCUUUGCCAGCAUCGAUUGUUCUUCCGUGUGGAUCGUGCUCUCUGAAACUGCGUCUAGUCAUUGAUUGAGGCCAAUGUUGAUUGUAUUAUUAUCAAUGAGUUGGAUGGUAGAUUUUGCUUUCAAUAUCCAUUCAUAUAAGCACAGUUUUGAGUUAAAAAUGUAAUUUUUACUCUAUUUGAUGUACGAUUUAUUUAUAGUUGAAACAUAUUGCUAUCUGGAUUGAAAAAGGGGUUUCAUUUUGGCA